AUGAAUGGUCUAGAUGCACUCGAGGAUAACUCGAAAGAUUCUACCAAACCAAAAAGGAAAAAGACAAACAGAGCAUGCAAUCAUUGUCAUAAAGCCCAUAUGACUUGUGACGCUGGCCGUCCAUGUAAGAGAUGUGUUCAAAGAGGAUUAGACAAGACUUGUGAAGAUGCACCUAGGAAAAGAAAGAAAUAUCUUGCUGAUGUACCCAACUCCUCUUUAGCUCCAACUCGCCUUGAACAUACAACUUCGGAAAUACACCCAAUACCAGUUUCAAAUCAUAGAACAUAUCAAGCCACGAUGUUCCAACAUAGUGCUACUGUGCCUAAUUUGAUACAGCAACCUCAAGAAAUUACACCUUUUCCAACUUCCGGACCUUCCACCACUCAAGGUUUCCCACCAAGGCCACUCCAACAUCCGUCACAGCAACCAAGUAUAUUUGGAAAUAGCCUACCUCAGUUCACUCAUCAACAGCUGCAGCUGCCACCACAACAGCAACAGCAACAGCAGCAUCACCACCAACAGCAACCGUACCAACAACGAACUCAACCCCAACAGCAAUUUGACCAGAUCCCCGCCCCCGGAAAGCCAAGAAGAACGAACUUCUUGUCGACAGCAGCAGAUUUGGAGUAUGCAACCCUAUCUAAUAUUUUACAAGAUAGUUUUGGCCACCAUACUACGUCAAAUGAAGGUACCCCUAAUUCAAGCAACAAUUUUUCCCCGGUAAUAUCACCCCACAACAUGCCAAAUCCUGGCGCAAGUUCAAAUGGUGGUUCAACAAAAAUAGGUUCACCAACUGAUUUAUCCUUACAUAAAAUGCUGGGUGACUCUCCAAGUCAUAAUGGAGUUCCAUCACCUUUGAAUCCAAAUGAACAUCAUCCUCAUACAUCCCAUCAUCAUCAUCAGAAACUGAAUAGACCUUCUAGUAAUAGUAAUAUAUAUGAUGAUCUGAGAUAUCCUAAAUGUGACGAAUCAAUCAAUCAAUAUUUCAUAGGUCGGACAGAAGCAGAUCAUAUUGCGAUUUUCCCCGAUGUCAUUACCGCGAUUCAAAAUAUGAAAAUUAAUGAUCCUGCAGUUUAUUUUGAAAGAAAUUCAAAACUGUCAUUAUCAUUUUCAAUAGGAAUCAUGCCUGAAGAUAAUCAUUAUAAUAAACUUGCAAAGGAACAAAAAGCCGAUGAUGUAUUAUUUAAAGAACCGGAAGAGAUUUAUGAAAAAGUUAAAAAACCAUUUUCAUAUACUCCAGGAUAUCAUUCAUUGAUUGCAUAUUUAAGAAAAAGGUUCCCGAAACAUAUGUUAGUCAAGAUGGCAGAAUCUAUGGCGGUAUAUAGACCUUCAUUUAUUGCAUGUACGAAUUCCUUAAAAGAAGGUGAUUUGAUCUUCAUGGAGCAAUGUUUUCAACGGACGUUGUUAACAUAUGAUACAUUCAUUAGAAUUAGUGGGACUCCAACAAUAGUAUGGAGAAGAACAGGGGAGAUUGCAUAUGUUGGUAAUGAAUUUUGCAUAUUAACAGGAUGGACCAAGGAGGAAUUGGUAGGAGGAAAUCAAAGACGAUUUAUUGUUGAAUUAUUGGAUGAUAAAUCAGUAUUGGAAUAUUUCCAAGUAUUUUCACGUAUUGCAUUUGGAGACUUUUUAGGGGCAACUAUGACUGAAUGUACAUUGUUAACUCCGAAGAAGGAUAUUAAGAUACGAACUGGAUCUGAAUUAAUUACUUCAGUAGCAAUAAUAUGUCUUGGUUCCUUACAAUUUGGAUAUCAUAUGUCAGAAUUGAAUUCCCCGGAAUUGGUGUUAUCAUGUAAACUAUCAGUUCCAGGAAGUACUCCAUUUAAUGAUUCUUGGUUUGGUCGUCAUGGGUUUGUCAAAUGUAUUCCUAUGUCACCUACUCAGAUCGGAUUAGCAACUUCUAUUUUCAGUAUAGGGGGAUUAAUUGGUUCGUUUUAUGUUGGAACUAUAGCUGAUAAGAUUGGAAGAAAGAAAACUAGUUUAUUGCAUUGUGUAUUAUAUGUUAUUGGUUCGACCAUUAAUGGAUUUAGUAAUGGAUUAGGUCAAUUAUUAGUUGGAAGGUUUGUUGUGGGUUUGGCUGCUGGUUCAGCUAUUGUCAUUACUUCAUUGUAUAUUAAUGAAGUUUCUCCUGUGAAUUGUAAAGGAUUAUUAGGGUCCAUGAAUCAAGUCAGUAUUAACUGUGGUAUCUUGUUAACCCAAUUGCUUGCUUUGAGUUGGUCAAAUGAUAAUCAAUGGAGACUUUUAUUAUUUAUGGCCGCAAUUUUGGGUGUCAUCAAUUUCAUUGCACUCUUGUUUUAUGUUCAUGAAUCGCCUGUAUGGUUAGCCAAUCACGGAGCAAACACGGAAGCAUUUACAGUAUUACAUAGAAUUAGAGGCGGGAGUUAUUCACUUGCAACCGAUGAAGUUAAUAGUUGGAAACAUGUCGCUAGCAGUACCAACAGCAAUGUUACCGCUAAUCAAUCAACCUCUCCAAGUCCCGAGAGUGAUUCAUUAUUAGAGAACAGUACAGCAACGGACCCAUUCCAAAGAAGUUCAAUUACAGUUAGAGAAUACAUCACCUCCCCAGAAUUCAAGAAUUCAAGAACAGUUGCCACAGGAAUAUUAAUAUUACAACAAUUUGAUGGGAUUAAUUCAAUUAUAUUCUAUGGGGUUUCAGUCUUGGUUAAUAUUUUCCCCAAUUAUUCAAUCAUGAUCAAUUGUCUCAUCUCAUUAGUGAAUGUAGUUGUUACCUUCGCAUCGGCUACUAUUGUUGAUAGAGUAGGUCGGAAACCAUUAUUAUUAACAUCCGUGACAUUCUUGGGAAUCCUGACUACAUUAAUGGCAAUGGGUAUAAUGACUACAAACUCAGUCUUAUCAAUCGUUGGUACUUUCACCUACAUUACAUUCUUUGCAAUCGGUCUUGGACCAAUUCCAUUUUUAUUAGUUGGUGAAGUGACUCAACCAGUUGCAAAAGCAAGUGCUCAAAGUUGGGGUACAACCGGUAAGGGUAGAGUCGGUAAGCACAGAAAAUCCCCUGGUGGUAGAGGUAUGGCUGGUGGUCAACACCACCACAGAACCAACUUGGAUAAAUACCAUCCAGGUUACUUCGGUAAGGUCGGUAUGAGAUACUUCCACAAGCAAAACGCUCACUUCUGGAAGCCAGAAAUCAACUUGGACAAAUUAUGGUCUCUUGUUGAUGAAUCCAAGAAGGAUGAAUACUUAAAAUCCGCUUCUGCCUCCGCUGCUCCAGUUAUUGACACUUUAGCUCACGGUUACGGUAAGGUUUUAGGUAAGGGUAGAUUACCACAAGUUCCAGUCAUUGUCAAGGCUAGAUUUGUUUCUAAAUUAGCCGAAGAAAAGAUCAGAGCUGUUGGUGGUGUUGUUGAAUUAGUUGCUUAA